UUGACUUGCUGAGCAGAAGGAGUGUAACCGGCUGGAGGAACGGAUCAGGAAGAGAGAGAGAGAAGAAGAAAACAGGAUUACACAUAGACAGAAGAAGAAGACAAAGGAGAAGAAGAAGAAGAACAAUAACAAGUAAACAACAGUAAACAACAAGUGAAGAAGAAGACAACAAACAGCAGCUGAGAGACUUUAGUUAGUUUCUUCAUAGCGAGGUGUGUUCAGGCCACGCCCCUUCUCCAGGAGACAGAAGGAUGGAUGGAAGCAGCUUGACAGGAAAUCCCAGCGCUGCCUCGUCUCGCCGGCUUCCUGCCCACGCCGACACGCUUCAACCAGCUGAUUGGAUCUCGGCUUCAGAGGAGGAAGACGCCCGGCAGAAACAGCAGAGUCCUUCAGAGAGACAGCAGAGUCCUUCAGAGAGACAGCAGAGUCCUUCAGAGCCCAAACGGACCGCAGAGAGACAUCAGAGUCCUGCAGAGAGACAUCAGAGUCCUGCAGAGAGACAGCAGAGUCCUGCAGAGAGACAGAAGAGUCCUUCAGAUAGACAGCAGAGUCCUUCAGAGAGACAGCAGAGUCCUUCAGAGCCCAAACGGACCGCAGAGAGACAUCAGAGUCCUGCAGAGAGACAGCAGAGUCCUUCAGAGCUCAAACGGACCGCAGAGAAACAUCAGAGUCCUGCAGAGCCCAAACGGACCGGAGAGAAACAGCAGAGUCCUGCAGAGAAACAGCAGAGUCCUGCAGAGCCCAAACGGACCGCAGAGAGACAGCAGAGUCCUGCAGAGAGACAGCAGAGUCCUUCAGAGCCCAAACGGACCGGAGAGAAACAGCAGAGUCCUGCAGAGAAACAGCAGAGUCCUGCAGAGCCCAAACGGACCGCAGAGAGACAGCAGAGUCCUGCAGAGAGACAGCAGAGUCCUACAGAGAGACAGCAGAAUCCUACAGAGCCCAAACGGACCGUAGAGACACCAGACCAUCAGGGUCCGACUGGACCCACAAACCCAGAGGAUUCUCCAACUGAACCGGAUCCACUAAAACUAAAUCUUGUUCCUACAGAGCAACAACAACAACUGGGAGAUUCUCUCCGGACAGAGAAACAGAAAACGAAAGAUCCUCCAAAAGAUCAACCAGAACCAGAUCAGACUUCUCCACUAAAACCAGAUCCUCGUAGUCCAGAUCAGACUUCUCCACUAGAACCAGACCCUCUUAGUCCAGAUCAGAAGAAACCCGGAGUGCCCGAACAUGAACAGAAACCAGACUACUCUCUGGUCUCUCCCAGGAAGGUCACACGGAGAAACACCGAUCUUUGUUUUACAGACCAGAAAACUGAAGAAGACCUCCCUCCUCUUCCUCCCUUUAACCCUUCAGCCCUCAAUAAUCAACCCCAGAAACAUCUAACUAUCAACCUUUCAGCCCUCAAUAAUCAACCCCAGAAACAUCUAACUAUCAACCCUUCACCCCUCGAUACACAACAACAGAAAGAUCUCAAGCUCCACAUCUCUGAGUCCAAAGACCAGCAGAACCAGCAGGAUCCUGUUCCUGAAAAACUCACUUCCUCCACAGCUGAGAGGCUUCAGGACUCUCUCCUAAACACCGAGGCGGCUGCUCAGUCAGCUCCGAGCGAAGGAUUGACCCCGGCUCUGCUGGUCCAGGCCCCACCGGUCCAGGCCCCACAGGUCCAGGACCCGCUGGUCCAGGCCCCGCCGGUCAAGGACCCACCGGUCCAGGCCCCACAGGUCCAGGCCCAACAGGUCCAGGCCCCACCGAUCAAGGACCCACAGGUCAAGGCCCCACAGGUCCAGGCCCCACCGAUCAAGGACCCACCGGUCCAGGCCCCACAGGUCAAGGCCCCACAGGUCAAGGCCCCACAGGUCAAGGACCCACAGGUCAAGGACCCACCGGUCAAGGCCCCACCAGUCAAGGCCCCGCCAGUCCAGGACCCGCCAGUCCAGGCCCCACCGGUCAAGGCUCUGCAGGUCCAGGCUCCACCUCCCACCCUGGAUCCACCUCCCACCCUCGAGGUGUUCUGUGACCACAAUCGGCCGGGCCCUCUGCUUUCUACCAGAGGUGAACCCAAACUGUGCGGUUUCCUGCAGAAGCAGGGCGGGCCCCUGAGGGCCUGGAAGCAGCGCUGGUUCACCUACGAGGAGAAGAAGAACCAGCUGUUCUACUACCGCACGCCACAGGAUGUGACGCCGCUCGGCUGCGUGCAGCUCUGCAGCGCCACCUUCACCUACCCGCUGCAGGCCGAGACAGGCACCUUCCACAUCAAGACCCCUGAACGCACCUUCAUACUCAAGGCGGUGACCCAGGAGCUGAUGCUGUACUGGCUGCAGCAGCUGCAGGUUAAACGCUGGCAGCACCAACAGACGUCUGUCUGCCUGGACCCGGCACACAACAACAACAACAACAACAACAACAACUACGCAGACGACUUCCUGUUUCCUGUCUGUGCGGAGGACUUCCUGCCGGCGUUGGAGGGUCCGCUGGGUCUGGUGGGGGAGGGGGCGGCCAACGCCCCGUCUCAACGCACGCCGCUCGCCGACAUGUCGCUCAAACACCCGCUCAUCCACAUCCAGAACUCGGUCCACAGUUUCCGUCGGCGCUCGUCUCAGGUAUGCAGUCAGAGUGUGUUUCAUGUUGACGCUCCGCCGUGGAUCCCCCCGAAAUAUUACUCAGUCCCUCCAUCUCCCAGGACUCCCAGCGAGCCUCCGGUCCCGCCCCCUGCCCUCUCAUUGGCUGAGCCUCGGGCCCCGCCCCCUGCUGUCUCAUUGGCUGAGCCUCUGGCCCCACCCCCUGCCCUCUCAUUGGCCGAGCCAGUAGGCCUGUCGUCCCCGGCGGAUGGCAGGAAGUCCCCCUCCCUGUUGGACAGCCUGAGCAGGAGGACAAAGACUCUCUCGUCCUCCAUGACGGGCUCAGACAGGACGUCCCGUCUGCAGACAGAGAAACACAUGCUGGUGGAGGAAGUCAAAGCUCAGAAGGAGCUGGUCUGGAUCCUCCACAAAGCCUUGGAGGCGUCUCAGCUGGAGAAGCGAACCUGUGCAGAGUUUCUGGCGGCGGACGGCGAGCAGGAGCGCCUGGAGCUGCUGCGGCACUGCGAGCGGCAGGCGGCCGACCUGCGUGGUCAGCUGGACGCCGCCAGGAAGAGUCUGGCUCAGAGAGACGCUCAGCUGGCCGAGCUGCAGGAGAACAUCCGGAGUCUGACGGAGAAAAACAACGCCAAGCAGCAGGUGAUCAUAAAGCUGUCGGAUCAGCUGACCUCCUGUAUGUCCUCCGGCGCCGCAGGUUUGGACUCUCAGACCUUCAGACAGCUUCAGCAGGAGAUCGAGAACCUGAAGGAUGAUAUCGAGGCGUAUAAAACUCAGAACAAGUUCCUGAACUCUGAGAUCUUCCAGCUGACCCGACUCUGGAGAACCAGUUCAGAGCAGCAGAAGAGUCUGAUGGUGAAGUGUUCCUACCUGGAGGCCAGUAACUGCCAGGUGGAGAGCCGAUACCUGGGCGUCUUGCGGCAGCUGCAGGAGAUCAAACCUCUGGAUCCGGCCCAGCGGGGGGCCGUCCAGAAGCUGAUCGAGGACGCUCUGAAAGGACAGCUGAAGAGCGUCGUCAAGCUCAACAUGGCUAGAGAUCACGACGAGUACGGCUUUAAGAUCGUCCCUGACUACGAGGUGGAGGACAUGAAGCUGCUGGCAAAGAUCCAGGCGCUGGAGAUCCGCUCUCACAACCUGCUGCACCAGCAGGAGGGUGGUGAGCGCAACCUGUCGGCCCGUUGGGCCCGGUUCUUGGCCGGCCGGCCGGAGAACGAGCUCGGUCCAUCCCCGGAGCUCAAAGCUCUGCUGCGUGGCGGAGUCCCACCGGAGUACCGCCAGAGGGUCUGGCGCUGGCUGGUCUGGGCCAGAACCAGGACCGCCAGAGACCGCCACCCACAACGCUACCAGCAGCUGUGUGAGAAGAGUCGGACGUCUCCCCAUCCGGCCUCCAGACAGAUCCAGCUGGACCUGCACCGCACCCUGACGACCAAUCAGCACUUCUCCUCUCCCUCUAGCCCCGCCCUCCAGCAGCUCCGCCGCAUCCUGUUGGCUUUCUCCUGGCAGAACCCUGCCAUUGGUUACUGCCAGGGACUCAACAGGUUGUGUUAG